AUUUGACAAAAAAACAAAGAAAAAGAAAAAGAAAAAAGAAAACUGGAAAAAGUGGAUGGGAAGACGAUAGCAGGAAACAAACAAGAAACCCCCAGAAGAUCAAAAAAAAAGAAAAGAAAAAGAAGAAGAAGAAACCCCCAAAAUAUUAGUACUACUCUUAUUUGAGUUUAGGUUUUCGUGUCUCAGAAGUCAGAAGAAUGAUGAUGCUCAUAUUCUUCAAUGUUUUCUUCAAUGUUCUUGCUUGGCCUGCAUUCACUCUGUUGUGUCCUCUGUAAGUACCUCUCAUUAUCCCAAAACAAUGUGCUUUUCCAAUAUUUGCCUUGAUUUGUCGACAAAAGUGGGGAUUGAGAUUGGAGAGAUGUUACAUUUUUUGAUUGACUAUAAUAGGUAUGCUUCGAUCCGGGCAAUAGAGAGCAGUUCACAAUCCAAUUAUCAGGCAUGCCUCACCUAUUGGGUUUCAUGUAUUGCUAUCACAAUGUUGGAGUCCAUGUUUUCAAAGCUUCUAGCAUGGUUCCCCUUUUGGCCUUAUGCAAAGGGCAUGGUCAUCCUCUUGCUGGUGGUACCUUGCUUUCAAGGUGCUGCUUAUGUCUAUUUCCACUUCAUUAGGCCCUCUAUUUAUGAGAAUUCACAAACGCGUGGCCUUCUACUCAUCCCUGAGACAAAAGUUUCCAAGUCGAAUGAAGAGGGAUGCAGUCUUGAUGCUGCAGAGAGCUACUAUCAUAGAGAAAAGAGAGAGGAUGAAUCAGAGAAGUCCGUCAUUUACGAGGUUGGAUCCAAAUCUAGUCAUGAUAACGUAGAAACUGAUCUGAAGAAAGGUCAGAAGGGCUGGAGCUGUGAUGUGUGUCUGAUCAGCACUAGCAGCAAAAAAUGUUUGGAAAAACAUUUCAAGGGAAAGAAGCACAAGGCCCAGGAAGAAGAAAACAGAAGGAACAAAGUGGUAGAGAGCAGAAGGGUCAGCUUUCCCUCCAAAUUGAAAGAAGUAGAUAGGAUGACUUCACUCGGUAACUUAAACGGAAAUAAAUGGGUCAACCUUGAUAAUUUGAGCAGUCUUUUUAGCCCAAUCGCAAGAUCAAUUGGUUGGUCCACAUGGAAAAGCCCAGAAUCCGGGUGGAUAAAAUUGAAUACAGAUGGAUCAGUUGAUCGAGAAAAUGCUCGUUUUGGUGGUUUGCUCCGGGGAUAUAAAGGUGAUCCGAUAUGCGGUUACGUCUCCAAAUCUCCUGUAGAUGACAUUUUCUUGGUUGAGUUAUGGGCUAUAUGGAGGGGCCUUGUUCUUGCAUUGCGGUUAGGGAUUAGAGUCAUAUGGGUUGAAUCCGAUUCAAUGAGUGUGGUGAAAACUAUUAACAAACAGCAGUCGUAUAAUUCAAGGGCUAGUAGUUAUUUGGAGCACAUUUGGGUCCUUCUAAAGAAGUUUGACAAGUACGAAGUUUCUCACGUGUGGCGUGAAAGUAAUAGAGCUGCCGAUUGUCUUUCAAAGAUGGAUCGUGUGGAAAACGAUGUUGUUAUUUGGCCAGACGAUUUUCCAGAGAGACUUCGCAACAUUAUCAAGGAUGAUGCUCAGGGAAGGUGGUAUAAUCGUAGAGGGCCUAGAAUUUAUUGAAAAUUUGAAACUUAUCUGGUGAAAGGUACUCGUUUGAGCAAGGUUGAUACAAGGUUUACAAUUAUUGUGGUUCAUGCAACGGGAAAGGGUGAAAGCUUUUGACUUGAAAGUGCCGGAGAAGAUAAGAAAUGGAGAUUUGUCAAAUUCUACUGGCCUCAUACAAUAUCAAAAGCCUUGAGACACUUGCUGUGAUUUCUGAUAAGAGAUCAGCUAACAAGAGCCUGGCACUCUUUGAAAGGUAUCUUGUUUUGCUUCUUCCAUCUGUUCAUGACUGGGUACUAAAAAGCUGUAGUAACAGAACCAGUUUGAUGAAUUUCAUCAUGUCUAGUUUCAGAAGCCCGACUUGGACAACAUUUCGAUUUCGCCCCUCGCGAUGUGAAGAAGGGGGAUGAUUCUUUUGGAUGGAAAAUGAGCUGAUAAAUUAAACAGCUGCUUUAGACCAUCACACGUAUGAGAUGGCAAGUGCAGGUUCGAACUUGUUCUGCUUGCGCCUUGGUGAGGUGUUAGAAACAUAUGGGUGGCGAUUGAUCCUUUCCGAUCAUUGGCCGCAAAUUUGGAGACCCUUUGGUCACGUCCAAGGAAGUUAGAGUUAUGCCGCUUGCCCCUCCUCUCUCCUACCCUUUUUCCCUUGGAAGAAGAAGAAGAAGAAUUAGAUAUCACAGUCAUGGCAUUGAUGAGAUCAGGCUUGAACAUACCUAUCAGUUCUUGAUCAGAUACAUAAUAUGUACGUUUAUUUGUUCUUGUAUAAUGGGGGAUGGGACAAGCUCAAUUAUCUUAUCUUGGGACCACUGGAGGUUUGCCUGGCUAUUAACUUCGGGUUUCUGAAAUUAGUCGAGUUGUGCGCAAAUUAGUCCGGACAUUCAAUAAUCAAAUUAAAAAAAGCUCAAUUAUCUUA